AUGCCUCAGAUCUUUCAAGUUUUACGAUGUUAUAAAUGUUUUAUAUUUCAAAUUCAUCAAACAAAGAAGAAUUAUAAAUGGAUAUGUAAAAUGUGUGGUGAAAAACAGUCAAUUAAAAGACAUUAUGGUAUAGGCUCAGGAAAAGAAUGUAGAUUACAUGUUCAAAAACUCAACAAAUUGCAGUCUGAAAACCAUACAGAUUCUGAUAUAUCUGAUAGUGAAAAAUCUGAUUCUGAUUUAGCAGAUGCAACAGAAGACAAUGAACCUAUUCCACCAAAAAAGGUCAGUAAAUGGUCACAUUAUACUGAUGAAAAUGAUGUCGAAGACCCAUUUUACAUAAACUGUAGAGGGAAAGAAGAGAUUCCAAAAAAAUUUGAAAAUAAGAUUUUUUAUGAUAAAGAUCAGUUCAAUAAUGAUGGUAGUGUAAUUAAACAAUAUGGAGUAACAUUUAAAAAUAAUCAAAAUAAAAGAAAAUAUGAAAGUUCAAAACUUGUUAAGCCAUCUUCUAAUAAGCAAGAGCAUUCUUUUAAUGAAUCAAAUAAAUCUUCUGAAUGGGCAACUUUUGUAGAAAAUAACUCCCAAGAAAGUGCUUUUAUACAUGGUGACAAUAUUUGUGUAGAAAAUAAAUUUUUAAAUAAAGAAACUGUAAAUAACUCUUCCAAAUGGGUUGACUUUCUUGACAAUAAGAUAGACGAGGAUUGCAUUGAACAGCAUACCAAUUGUGCCAAUAAGAUUAUUUGUAAAGAGUCAAAUAUGGCAGUGAAAGCAAAUAAUUCUCCUACAAAAGAUAAGAUAUCCCAUGGCACUAAUAAAAUUUUGUUAAACUUAAAACAAAGUGAUAAACCAGGCAUAAGUAAAACCAUAGUAUGUAAGGAAUCACUAUUUUCAAUGUCUGACGACCAAGAUUUAGACAGUAUUUUGGAUUUAUAA